UUUUCUUAUUUUCCAGCUGUAUGGGGAAACUUUGUCAAUAUGAGGUCUCUUCAAGAAAAUGGGGAUCAGAAGGUGGAAAGUAAAAUAGAGGAGGCUGUUGCUCCUCUACGGGAAAAAAUCAAAGAUCUAGAAAAAAGUUUCACCCAGAAAUACCCACCAGUGAAAUUUUUAUCAGAAAAGGAUCGUAAAAGAAUCCUGAUAACUGGAGGAGCAGGGUUUGUGGGUUCUCAUCUUACUGACAAACUAAUGAUGGAUGGCCAUGAGGUUACAGUUGUGGACAACUUCUUUACGGGCAGGAAAAGAAAUGUGGAGCAUUGGAUUGGUCAUGAGAACUUCGAACUGAUAAAUCACGAUGUCGUUGAGCCCCUGUACAUUGAAGUGGACCAGAUCUAUCACCUAGCAUCUCCUGCUUCUCCUCCAAAUUACAUGUAUAAUCCUAUAAAAACAUUAAAGACUAAUACUAUUGGGACAUUAAACAUGCUGGGGUUAGCCAAACGUGUUGGAGCACGGCUGCUACUGGCCUCUACGUCAGAGGUAUAUGGAGAUCCUGAAGUUCACCCUCAAAAUGAAGAUUACUGGGGCCAUGUGAAUCCAAUAGGUCCAAGAGCCUGCUAUGAUGAAGGAAAGCGAGUGGCAGAGACCAUGUGCUAUGCAUACAUGAAGCAGGAAGGAGUUGAAGUGAGAGUUGCCAGAAUAUUCAAUACCUUUGGUCCUCGAAUGCAUAUGAAUGAUGGUAGAGUUGUCAGUAAUUUUAUCCUACAAGCUCUCCAGGGAGAACCACUGACAGUCUAUGGACCUGGAACUCAGACAAGAGCUUUCCAGUAUGUCAGUGAUCUUGUGAAUGGGUUGGUGGCGUUGAUGAACAGCAAUGUCAGCAGUCCUGUCAACUUGGGAAACCCAGAAGAGCACACUAUCCUAGAAUUUGCCCAGUUAAUUAAAAAACUUGUUGGCAGUGGGAGUGAAAUCCAGUUUCUCUCAGAAGCACAGGAUGACCCCCAGAAACGAAAACCUGACAUCAGAAAAGCCAAGUUAUUGCUUGGCUGGGAACCUGUGGUCCCUCUGGAAGAAGGUUUGAACAAAGCAAUUCAUUACUUCCGUAAAGAACUUGAGUAUCAGGCGAACAAUCAGUAUAUUCCCAAACCAAAACCCGCAAGGAUGAAAAAAGGAAGAACAAGACAUAACUGAAGAGUAUUAGUUGGACAGGAAAUUCCCUGCUUGACAUUUGACGGAUGUAAUUUUUUUUUCUUCUUGUUUUUUUUGAGAGAGACUUUGAAACAGGUGUCAUGAAGAAGAAACUGGAAUUUCAUUCUGAAGCUUGCUUUAAAGAAGUGGAUGUGCCUAAAAAUAACAAACAAAUAUUCCCCUUCCCCUGCAAAUCUUGCCUUGCACUUUUUAAAUCUGUCUUUUUAUGUAAAAUAGAGUAGAAGCAUCUUUUAGUAUCUUCAAGUUUUAUAUCUUGCUGUGAGAUCAUUUUGUUGUGACUGUCCUUGACAGUUUUAUUUACUGGUUUCUUUGUGAAGCUGACGAUAAACACAAACGGGAUGGAAAAUGCCAAUUUAUUUAUAAAAUGGGUACUAUAAAAUAUGAGAUGUUCUACUAUGCAUAAGAAAAAAGCUAGUGGUAUUGUCAGGUGAGAGACACUGACAGCUAAGUAUAAAGGAGUUUAAAAGAUUUCUGUGUGAGAGCUUUAUGUAUUCUUUAAAGGAGAGAUUUUUUCAAAGGUUUAGUUUUAGUUGUACACUUGAAUUUGAGAUAUUUUCAUUGAUUACCAUGGAUAAGGAUAUUUUGAAUCACUACUGUGUUGUGCGUACUCUGGGAAUAAAGUUAAUGUAUUAUUGGUUACAGUGGUUGAAUAUGCUAUUUUAAUAAAAUACUGAAACUUCUAUUUA